UCUCACGUCACAUCGGAUCUACAAAGAAACAAUAUUUUCUCCUGAAUCUCUCAACUUUCUGUUCUUGUCUGAAUAAAUGGAGAAUCUCUCUCAAGUCCUCCCUCGUGUCCUCGUCGUCUCUAGACGCACCGUUCGGAAAAACAAAUUCGUCGACUUCGUUGGUGAAUAUCAUCUUGAUUUGAUAGUUCGUUAUGGAUGUGUACCAGUAAUUGUUCCACGAGUCACUGGCGUUCACAUGUUGCUUGAGAGCUUCAAGCCAAUCCAUGGAGUUCUUCUUUGUGAAGGAGAAGAUAUUGAUCCUUCUCUUUAUGAAUCCGAAAUAUCUUCUCUUUCACCGGAUGAGCUUCAAGAGAUUAGAGAUACACAUGCGAGUGAUACAUCCAUUGACAAAGAGAAAGAUUCCAUUGAGUUAGCUCUUGCUAAGCUCUGUCUCGAGCAGAACAUUCCUUACUUAGGAAUUUGCAGAGGAUCACAAAUUUUGAAUGUUGCAUGUGGUGGGACUCUUUAUCUUGAUUUAGAGAAAGAGCUUACGAAUAAGUUACCGGAAGAGCGUAGAACGAAGCAUAUAGAUUAUGAUAAUUAUGAUGAGCAUAGACAUGUUGUGAGGAUUGUUCAGAACAGUCCACUUCAUUCUUGGUUUAAAGAUUCGUUGGAUGAAGAAAAUAUGGAGAUUUUGGUUAAUAGUUACCAUCAUCAAGGUGUGAAGAGGUUGGCACAGAGGUUUGUGCCAAUGGCGUUUGCUUCUGAUGGAUUGAUGGAAGGUUUUUACGAUCCGGAUGCAUACAAUCCUGAAGAAGGGAAGUUUAUAAUGGGUUUGCAGUUUCAUCCUGAAAGAAUGAGAUCAAGUGAUCUUGAUGAUUUUGAUUAUCCUGGUUGUCCCGCUGCAUAUCAGGAAUUUGCAAAGGCAGUGAUUGCGUAUCAGAAGAAGUUGAAUAGCUCAAUGUCUGUUCCAAAGACGUUGGUACUUGACGGAGAAAUGGAGAGUAAAAGAAAGAUACUUGUUCGAUGUUUCUCACUUGCGAGGUAUAUGUAUGCUAAAGGAGCACCUGGGAAGAACCCGUCAAAAGUAUCAGAGCUCGAAGUUGGAGCCGAGUUUCUUGAGUCAAACACGGCGCUAAGCACGGAGCAAGAAACGAGACUAAAGGAGAUGGGAGCGACGGUAAGGAACGGAGGAUCAUAUAUGAAAAAGUUGAAAGUAGACGAGGAGAAGCAGAAUAUAGUGAGGAACAUGAUGAACAAGAUGAACACAGAGCAACUCUCAGACCUUAUGGCCUUUUAUAAUUUGAUGGGGAAUAUCUGUGGAGAAGUCUUGGAGCAAAGGCUCCGUGGUAAUGUUAGUGAAUGCUUUAAGGACAUGUGAAUGUUUACAUGAAAGUUUAAGGACAUGUGAAUGUUUACAUGAAAGGCAGAGCAUGCUUUCAGAAAUAAGGCGACUUUGUGAAUUUGCCAACAACUUUGGUUUUGUAAAUUUAUUAGUAAUGCAAAUACAGUGACGAUUUAAAGGUUUUGUGACACUGCCACGUUUAUCAUGAAUUUUGGGAUUAAGAGCAUCUGGAACAGGGUAUCUUGAAGGGUCUUUCACCAGAAAAAUAUACUCCCUCCGUUUCAGAAUAUGUCAUUCUAGAUUUAUUUUUUUGUCACAAUUAAAUGUCGUUUUAGAGUUUUGAGGAAAAAUUUAUUAGUUUUAUAUAAUAUUCUAUUUUCUAUUGGUUG